UAAUUCAACAGACAGCACAGUUUCGAGCGAACCCAACUGGUCGGAUUGUUGUUGUUCGCUCAUUCUUUGAAUAAAUAAAUUUAUCUCUAAGUUUCGGUUUAGAAUUCUUUAUCAUCAGUGUCUUCAGCAGGUGUAACGUCGAUCAACAUGACAUCUUUUCGUGCUUACGUUAGAACGAAUAAAAAAAGUUUUUUCCCAGAAGACCCAGUUAUACCUUCCAGUGUGAAAGACUUGAUGUAUAUUCAUUAUGAUCCACGAGUCACAGACUUAGAGGACGACUCUUCGAGCGAAUAUGACUCAUCGAGUGAUGACGAUGAGGAUUUGCGAUCCAUAACUUACAAGCGACAUAUGGAUGAAUCUGAAGAAGAAGGACUAUUUACAGGUAAAUGGAUGCUGUUUCACGACUCAUCGAGAAUUGACAUUGCUAGGGGGAUGACAGAACACGAUUACGCUUGGCAGUUCAUGUUCUCUCUUGUUGAUAAUUACAAAAACACCAGCGUGUCAUCUGCUUGUUGUUCCACUGGUUACAGAGGACAAUAUCCUAAGAUGCCGAAUGAUACAAAUGGACUGAUUUGUUGUUUUACGAAAGAUUAUAGAGAUAUGGGAGAUGUUAAGAGAGCGGCAGAUUCCAUUAGAAAAUCAUUACAUUAUCCACGCGAUAUGCACUACAAAACAGAUGAGGCAACUGUUUUAGGCUUAUAUAGGUGCUAUGGCCAUAAACAUGUAACCAUUUAUAAGCAUAAGCCUGAUGGCAGUAUGUACGUAAGAGAUAAAUUAUAUCCACUCCUUUGGAGACCAGUAAAAUUUGAUGAUUGAAGAAAUUGAUGACGCCAUUUGCAAUUAAAUUGUCUGAUUCAAGUGCUUACCGGUUCAUUGUGACUAAAGUUCUUUUUGUAUCAAAUAAUUCACUGCAGAUGGCAUCAUAUUCACUGCAGCUAAUAAAACGACAGCGCAGAGCGAAGAAAGACGAUUGUUUUUUAUACGAAAUUAUUUAUAUCUGCAAGUGAUUUUUUUAAAUAAAAUUUAUAACUGAUCAAUAAAAUACUAAAUGUCAAUAAAUGCUUUUAUGUG